AUGUCUUCUUCAAACAAACACUGGCCUAGCUUGUUCAAAUCCAAGCCCACUGCCACCUCUCAAUCCCACCAUGAUCAUCAUCACCUAACAAGAAAUCCCUACACACAAGAUGAGGAAAGAAGCCCCGAGCCGAAGCCGCGGUGGAACCCUAGGCCGGAGCAAAUCCGGAUCCUUGAAUCGAUCUUCAACUCGGGCACGGUGAAUCCGCCCCGAGACGAAAUCAGGCGGAUUAGGGCUCAGCUCCAAGAAUUCGGCAACGUGGGCGAUGCAAACGUCUUCUAUUGGUUCCAAAACCGGAAAUCGAGGAGCAAGCACAAGCUGCGCCACCUCCAAACCGCCAAGCCCCGGCCUAGCCGCUCGUCGUCGUCGUCUGAUAAGUCCGCUCCUAGCUGCUGCAAUUCGAGCGAGAAACCCUUGCCCCCUCUCAGCUCCUCUACUCUCAUUGAUCUGAUGAAUUCUCCGACCGCGUCGGUGAAUCAGCCGUUCCUGCCCGGCCCGAGCCAGUUUGUGCCCGAGCCGUUGGUGUUUCCCGGGCAGGAGGGCUCGGGUCAUGGGAUUUGCUUUCCUGAUUUGGCUCAAAAUGUUGGGGAUUGCUCCGAUGGUUUGGUCGAUGGCCUGAUGGCGGUGGGCCAUGGCCGUACGAGGAAAGACGACGAUCAGAAGUCGAAACUUGGGUACGCUAUUGAGCCGGCCGCGGCGGAUCUUGGUGGUCCAUGCCCAAUUUCUCAAGGAGUGCCCUUUAAUGUUAGGGAAACAUUUGGAAACGAUGCCGUUUUGAUACAGGCCUUGGGGCAGCCCGUUCCUACCGACGAAUGGGGCGUGACCCGACAGCCCCUCCAGCAUGGUGGCUUCUACUACCUCCUCCGGUCAUCUGCGCCGCAGCCGGACCAUAGGACCAUUGAUUUGAUUUAG